AUGUAUGAGGUCUACAGUGAGACGAGGCCACAGCCUCUUCUGGACUUUCUUGAACAGUCUACCCAAAAAGAUUGCGAACUCGAACCCAGCGCUGUGUCGAAAGCACCUACUCAGUGUGCCACUGCCAUUGAAAAUGGCAUCAUGCCCGAGACAUCCACUGUCACGAGGUCCAAACUCCCAUCCAUAGAUUCUAUUGACCUGUCUAAUCAAGAAAAGCUUGAAGUCAGCACCGGCACUACACCAGACAUACCCACUUAG